AUGCUUUGGGCUAAGGACAAAAACAAGAAAUUUGAUGUGUUUGUAGUAUACACUGACUGCGAGACUUUCUUCGGAGAAGUUCAUCCGUUCGUGGCUUUACGCCAGUACCGUGAGGCAUCUGGCAUCAAAGACGCAAAGCUCGUAGUAAUGGGAAUGACCUCAACCGGCUUUACCAUCGCUGAUCCCGAUGAUGCUGGAAUGAUGGAUAUUGUGGGCUUUGACUCUGCAGUUCCCACUCUGCUUGCCGACUUUGUCAAUGGAAAAGUCUAA